AUGGCCAGCCAAAGAAUUGCCAUCAUCUCGGUCUAUGACAAGACCGGGCUGUUGGACCUGGCCAAGGGCCUCAUCAAGAACAAUGUCCGCAUCCUGGCUUCGGGCGGCACGUCCAAGAUGAUCCGCGAGUCGGGUUUCCCCGUCGAGGACAUCUCGUCCAUCACCAAGGCCCCCGAGAUGCUUGCGGGCCGCGUCAAGACGCUGCACCCCGCUGUCCACGCCGGUAUCCUGGCGCGUGACCUGGCCUCCGACGAGAAGGAUCUGGCUGAGCAGAACAUCGAAAAGGUCGACUACGUCAUCUGCAAUCUGUAUCCCUUCAAGGACACCGUCUCCAAGAUCAACGUGACGGUACCCGAGGCCGUCGAGGAGAUUGACAUUGGUGGCGUCACCCUCAUCCGCGCGGCAGCCAAGAACCACUCCCGUGUCACCAUCCUCAGCGAUCCCACCGACUACGCCGAAUUCAUCAGUGAGCUCGAGGCCGGCGAGGUUAAGGAGACCAGCCGCAAGCUGUACGCCCUCAAGGCGUUUGAACACACUGCCGACUACGACGCCGCCAUCUCUGACUUCUUCCGCAAGCAGUACGCCGGCGACGGCUUCCAGCACUUGGCCCUGCGCUACGGUGCCAACCCCCACCAGAAGCCCGCUGCUGCCUACGUCAAGGAGGGUCGCCUGCCCUUCACUGUCUUGAGCGGCGCCCCCGGCUACAUCAACCUGCUCGACGCCCUGAACGCCUGGCCCCUUGUCAAGGAGCUCAAGGAGGCGCUGGGUCUGCCGGCCGCGGCAUCCUUCAAGCACGUGUCGCCCGCUGGUGCUGCGAUUGGCACGCCCCUGAGCGCCGACGAGCGCAAGGUCUACAUGGUCAACGACAUUGCCGGCAUCGAGACCUCGGCUCUGGCCCAGGCCUACGCCCGUGCGCGCGGUGCUGACCGCAUGAGCAGCUUUGGCGACAUGAUCGCACUGAGCGACACGGUCGACGUGGCCACCGCCUCCAUCAUCGGCAAGGAGGUGUCGGACGGCGUGAUCGCGCCCGGCUACGAGCCAGAGGCCCUGGCCAUUCUGCAGAAGAAGAAGGGCGGCCGCUACCUGGUGCUGCAGAUCGACCCCGAGUACUCGCCUCCCGCCCGCGAGACCCGCACGGUCUACGGUGUCACCCUGGCGCAGCACCGCAACGACGUCGUCAUCUCGCCAAAGUCGUUCAGUACCAUCAUCACACCAAAAGACGCCGGGGCCCUGCCCGAGUCGGCCCUGCGCGAUCUGACGGUUGCCACCAUUGCGCUCAAGUACACCCAGAGCAACUCGGUGUGCUACGCCGCGCGCGGUCAGGUGGUCGGCCUCGGUGCUGGCCAGCAGUCGCGCAUUCACUGCACGCGCCUGGCCGGUGACAAGGCCGACAACUGGUGGCUGCGCUUCCAUCCGCGCGUGCUGGGCAUCCAGUGGAAGAAGGGCACCAAGCGUCCGGAUAGGAGCAACGCAAUUGACCUGCUGGUCAGCGGCCAGCUGCCCAAGUCGGGCUCGGAGCGCGAGGCCUUUGAGGCUGUCUUUGAGACCGUCCCGGCCGCUUUUACCGAUGCCGAGCGCGAGGAGUGGCUGGCCACUCUGACGGACGUUGCCGUCUCCAGUGAUGCAUUCUUCCCCUUCAUCGACAACGUCUACCGCGCAGCUCGGUCAGGAGUCAAGUACAUUGCUGCGCCCGGCGGCAGCCAGAACGACCAACCCGUGUUCGACACGGCCGAGAAGCUGGGAAUCACCUUUGUUGAGCAGAACAUCCGCCUGUUCCAUCAUUAA